CGAGUCAGCGCUCCGGGGAGGCGGCGAUGUUGUGUCCCGCGGCCGAGGCAGCGGCCCGGCUUCCUGGGGUAGCGGUCUAGGCGGGCACUUCCUCCCCGUCCCCCGCGCCGGCCAUGCGCCCGCUCUUCGCGGUGGGCCUGGUUUUCGCCGGCUGCUGCAGCAACGUGAUCUUCCUGGAGCUCCUGGUCAGGAAGCAUCCAGGAUGCGGGAACAUUGUGACAUUUGCACAAUUUUUAUUUAUUGCUGUGGAAGGCUUCCUAUUUGAAGCUAAUUUGGGGAGGAAGCAGCCGGCUAUCCCAAUAAGAUACUAUGCCGUCAUGGUGACCAUGUUCUUCACUGUCAGCGUGAUCAACAACUAUGCCCUGAACCUCAGCAUCGCCAUGCCCCUGCACAUGAUCUUCAGAUCUGGUUCUCUAAUUGCCAACAUGAUUCUAGGAAUUAUCAUUUUGAAGAAAAGAUACAGUGUAUUCAAAUACGCUUCCAUCGCCCUGGUGUCUGUGGGGAUAUUUAUUUGCACUUCCAUGUCAGCAAAGCAGGUGACUUCCCAGUCCAGCUUGAGUGAGGAUGAUGGAUUCCAGGCAUUUACGAGGUGGUUACUAGGUAUUGGAGCACUGACAUUCGCCCUUCUGAUGUCAGCGAGGAUGGGCAUUUUCCAAGAGACUCUAUACAAACAGUUUGGAAAACACUCUAAGGAGGCUUUGUUUUAUAAUCACGCCCUUCCACUGCCUGGAUUCAUCUUCUUGGCUUCUGACAUUUAUGACCACGCAGUUCUUUUCAACAAGUCUGAAUUAUAUCAAGUUCCAGUCGUCAGUGUGACGGUGCCCAUCAUGUGGUUCUACCUCCUCAUGAAUGUCAUCACUCAGUACGUGUGCAUUCGGGGAGUCUUCAUCCUCACCACAGAAUGCACCUCCCUCACCGUGACGCUCGUCGUGACUCUGCGCAAAUUUGUGAGCCUCAUCGUCUCCAUCUUGUACUUCCAGAACCCCUUCACUCCGUGGCACUGGCUGGGCACCUUGUUUGUCUUCAUUGGGACCCUAAUGUAUACAGAGGUUUGGAACAACCUACGGACCACAAGAAGCCAGCCUCGGGAGGACAAGAAGAACUGAGGCACGCCUGGGAGACCGGGGCGGUAAUGAGCCAGGGCCUGGCAGAGGUCGGGCUGCUGUUUCACCUUCGUUAAUGCUGAAUUGCCCGCAGUACUGAACCACCACAUACCAGACAAUCCUCAGGAGGGGACUUCCCAGAUUUCUCAUGGGUUUACAGACCAGCGUUUGUGGACGCUGAACAGAAACCUCUCAACCCUGAAUUAGAAAACAGAAUAGUGAUCUACUAUUGAACAACUGUUUGCCAUUUGUUUUGUUUACCAAAACAUUCAGUACUGUACCUGAUUGUUGAAUUGAGCCCCAGAGCUGCUAGUUUUAUAUCCAUGGUCUUGGACAGACUCCCCCGUUUGUUCUGGUAAUCCUCUCAACAGUCCUCAUCCUGUGUCCGCGUCCUUUUGUUCUGUCACCUUUCCACUCUGGCAUCACCAGAAACAACUAAGUGACCAGGUGAGCUGAAGCACUGGUGACAGUGGAGGACGGGUGUUUUCUAUGCAGAAGCUAUAUGUUUUCAUAUCUCUUGCUUCCUGUGCUUAGAACAAACCUGCAGCAUAUCUCUAUGGCACAGUGUUAGUAGGAAAUAAAGGUUGUAUAUGAAUUGGGAAA